GUAGUUAUUGGAAAAUAUGCUCUUGAAAAAGAGAUUGAUAAGCUUACACAUUUUUGGACAUUAUGUGGGCUUUCUUGUCAAGAUUGUGGAUUACACUGCCUUAAAAAUCAUGGUCAUACUGACUAUCAUGACUGCAGGACUAAUCAUGAAUGCCAUUUCUCAUGUCAAUUUGUAGAGGCACAUAGUUCUUUUAUUCCAACUUGUAGUUAUAGAGCAGGACAUGAUGGGAAACAUGCAUGUAAUAAAACCAGUCAUUUAUGUGGAAAACCCUGUAAACUUAUUGAUAAACGUAAUUGUCAAAAAAUUUGUUCUAAAGAUAUUGGACAUGAUGAUGGAUUUGAAGAUGAUGAACAUAUGUGUCAAUCAAAUCGUCAUAAUUGUGGAGAGCCAUGCUCACUCUUUACAUCAACUGAAAAAGGAGAUUAUGAAUGUCCAAACAAAUGUAUUAUACCAUGUGAGGGUGAACAUGAGCAACAUCACUGUGAAAAUGAGACAUGUCCAAUUGAAUGUCCAAUCUCAGAUUGUCAGAGAAGAUGCCAAAGUAAUGAUCAUUUUCAUGCAUAUACUCAAUUUGCAGUUGAUCAUUUUUGUGGUAAUGAUCAUCAAUGUAUCGAGGAUUGUGAAGAACCAGGCAUUUGUAAAAUUUUAACAGAACCAAGGAAAGAAGAAGCAACUUAUCAAGGGCUGAUUACAGAAACUUCAAUUACUUUUACCAAGUAUAUUCAACAAAGUGAAAGGAUGAGAUGUAAUAAAAGAAUACCACCAAACUCCUUCAAGCAUGAAGGAACACAUUCACAUGAUGAAAAUGGAGUUCAUUUUUGUGAUAAAAAAUGCCAAUUUUGUGGAUAUUAUUGCAACUUACCUCAUGGACAUAUACAAACUUUGCACGAAACUACUCAUGGGAAUAUGGUACAGACUGUAUUCACUUCAGAGGAUGAUGAAUUUGAAUAUAGUCAUCAUAAAUUAAAAAUUGGAGAUCAAGGUUCUUUUGUUCUUUGUAAUCUUCAUUGUAAAGAAUUAGGUCGUCAUAGACAUAUUGACUAUUGUCAAAAUGUGGAGGCAUGUAAAAAUGGACAACAAGGGCAUGAAAUAAUACAUUUAGAUGCACCCAUCAAACCCAAUCCUGAUCAAAAAAAGGAUUUUGUAACUCAUAAAUUAUUUUGGGAAAGAACUGGCUUUAAAGAUCCAUAUUCAAUGCAAGAACAAGCAGAAUUUGCAAAAUGUGAUCAUGAAUGUCCAGAUGAAGCUCACUAUAAGCAGCAAGGUUCUAAUGGUGCAACUCCCACAAAGUCUUAUUGUGAAUUGAGACUUUUCCAUAAACCUUUAAAUCCAUCAUCCGGUACAUCAACUGGUAUUGGUUACAUUUCACUGGAUGGCCAUCAGUUCAGUUGUGAUAAUCCAAAUAAAAGAGAAGCAACAUUUCACAUUAUAUUUGCACUUGAUCGAUCAUCUUCAAUGGGUAAUAGUGAUAGGAGACCCUUGGAAAACAUUCGUUUGAGCAUCUAUCAAAAAAUUAUACAAAAACACAACAAUAGAAUAGGCGCAGUAUACUCUGCUAUUUAUUCAUUUAUGGAAGCACGCCUUACAUCUCAAAGGAAUCAAACUUGGGGUGCUGUUAAUAAAGAUACUAUUUCUUUAAUUUUGUUCAACAGUAGUACUAUUGUACCAAUUGAAAAUCAACCAUUAAGUGAUGUAGAUAAACUUUUAGACAUUAUGAUUCAGCAUAGUGCAAGUGGUGGAACUAAUGCUGAUUUGGCAAUACAGAAAGCAGGGUUACUGAUUGAUAAAUAUUAUGAUCCUUCAAAGACAAAUAUUAUUGUAUUUUUGUCAGGUGGUGAAUGUGAACCACCAGAUGCUCAAUUAGAAAAUAUUUGUAAGGCCAAUCAACAAAGAGGGUCACCAUUAUAUCUUUAUACAGUUUUAUUUAGCAGUGAUUCUUCUAGUCCACCAUUAUUAAGGAUGUUACAAAGUUUUGGCAGUGAUUCUUCUGGUAUAUCAUUAUUAAGGAUGGCUAUUAUUGCACAAGAAUAUCUUCCAGCUAAUUCCUCCCAAUCUUUAAAAUGUCAAUUCACUGAAGCUAUUGAUGAAAUAGAUUUGGCUAAUCAUUUUAUUGUUCUUGCAGAAAGUUUAAGAAGACAUAAGCCUUCUUUAAUGAAAAAAUU